UUUUUAUAAAUUAUGGAGGAAGACUUAAAAUCAUUUAUUAAACUUCCCUGGUUCAAAAAACAUUUUUCAAAUUCGGCUGACUUGGAAAUACUUCCUGCACGUUAUACAGUCCAAUAUGUUAUGGAAGAAAUGUUUAUUUAUUUUGAGAAGCGUUUAACGCAAAUUGCUGAUGAAGAACCUUUGGUAUUUUUAAAAUUUUUGGGUAUUCUUAUAGGAGAUUUGAUUUUUUUCGGUCAUUUUUGCUGA